AAACGGCGUCAGCGCUCGUGCAAGGUGUGCGCCGUGUUCGAGGUCAAGCCGCGAAAGUUUACGAAGUACUUUUGCCCGGAGUGCUCAGCGGGCAACAAACGUAAGUACUUGUGCAAUGUAGUCCGCGAAGGAAGAGCGAAGACGUGCUUCCAGAUCUGGUACGCAGAUUGGGACAACGGAAACGACACCCCGCGCCAUCUACUUCAAGAGCACAAGGUUCGCGGCCGCCCCCCACCUUCGCGCCCAGGAAAGAAGCGACGCCGCGUCAGUCAAGCGCUGGGAGCGGUGGUGAGCCAAGCUGAGGCUGUCUCGGAGGUGGAGGAGGAAGCUGGAGGAAGCGAGAAUGCUGAUAGUGCGGGGGGAGGCAUGGCUGAUGACGAGUUGUAG